AUGGCCAUUAAAAAAAGUUUUUCAAGAUCAUCUGGUAAUAAAAUAAUCCAGCAGACUCCAAACUUUGAUUUUUUCAAUUAUGCGAGUAUUUUGAGACCUGUUCAAAUUUGGCAUUUGCCUCAAAUAUUUAUUAAUGAUAUUAAAUUAAUUGCUGAUUGUUAUGGAAAUUUAUCCUAUUCAAUUGAAAUUAAUGAAAAAUUACAAAUUUUACCAAAAAUAAUUGUUACAAUUUCUUAUGGGAAUAAAAUUGUUGCUUUAAUGGAAGGGCUAAACAAUGAAACUAAAUUAGAGAAAGCUAAUUUAUGGUGGCCUAGAGGAAUGGGAAAACCUAAUCUUUAUAUAGCUGAGGUAUCUAAAUUUAUAUAA